AUGGAGGUCCGGCUGGUGCUGAAGGCCGCGGGGUUCAUCGGGCUGGACGUGGUGGGUAUCCCAGGCAACAUGAGCGUGCUCCUGCUCUUCUGCCACCUGCGACUGUCACGCGGCCCGCUGUCGCACAACGAGUUCAUCCUCAGCCAGCUGGUCUUCAGCAACCUGGUGGUGACGCUGUGCCGGGGCAUCCCGCAGGCCGUGACCGCGCUCGGCAUCCGGACGCUGUUCGGCGACCGCGGCUGCCAGGUCAUCAUCUUCGCCUACCGCAUCGGCCGCGCCAUGGCCAUCUGCUGCACCUCGCUGCUCAGCUGCUACCAGUGUGUGGCCAUUGCGCCGCAGGCGGGCGGCUGGGCGUGGCUGAAGCGCCGGCUGCCCCCCCGCCUGCCCCAUGCCGUCGUCUUCCUGUACGGCCUCAACGUGCUGGUGUGCCCCGCGGCCUUCCUCUUCCCCCGCGCCCCCCCCGCCAACGGCUCCAUCCCCGAGUUCACGCUCAACCUGGAGUUCUGCAUCGUAGUGUUCCCGGGCGGUCAGGCCUACAUGGCCAACGGCGUGAUGUACAUCGUGCGGGACUUCGCCUUCGUGGGGCUGAUGGCGGCGGCGGCGGGGUACAUGGUGCUGCUGCUGCAGCGGCACCGGCGGCAGGUGCGGGGUCUGCGCGGGGCGGGCAGGGGCACGGGCGAGGCCUCGCAGGCUGUGCUGCUGCUCGUCAGCGUGUACGUCGCGCUGUUCAGCCUGGACAACGUGCUGUGGGUGUACACACUGUGCGUGUCGCGUGUGCACCCCGCCGUCUCCGACACCCGCGUCUUCUUCGCCUCCUGCUACUCCGCCCUCAGCCCCGUGCUCAUCAUCGUCACCAACAGGAAGCUGGCCACCGCUUUCCGCUGCGGCCGGCGCGGGACGGAGCCGGGGAGCGCCCCCUCUGCCAUGGAGUCCAGCGCCUCGCAGGUCACCGCCGCAACAUCAGGGACAGACGGAGCCAAACAGCCUUCUCAAAAUUCCUGA